AUGAGCAAUAAAGAAAUUCCUCAUCGAGACGACCUUGUCGACUAUGGCCAUGCUGUGGCUGGACAUGCUGGUGUCCUUUCAGAUGCUGAUGGGGAGCUUUUUAUUAAACCCUGCACUCAGAAAGAAAUUGAUUUUUAUCAGUCGGCAAGCGAGAAGUUUAUAGAGUUUACUGAAAUUAUGCCUCUCUUCAUGGGAACACUCUCACUUUCUGAUCCUGCUGAGGUCAGCUCGGCCGAGGAAGAUGUCCCGACCGGCGAUGUCGCAGCCGCUCUACUGCAAGUGGCAGAGACUACAUCUGCAGUUGCAGUACCACCAGUUGUCACUUGUUCUGCUGCUCAGGAAGCCACAGUGCCAUCCACCUCGCAAGAAGGCGCUGCCAAGGACAACGUGACUUGGAAACCCAACAAGGACAAGCGCAUCAAGACUACUCAAGCUAUCGUGCUCGAAAACUGUACCCACGGCUACAAGAAGCCAAAUGUCCUCGACGCGAAGCUCGGCGUCCGCCUCUGGGCCGACGAUGCCCCGCUCCAAAAGAGGCAGAGGUUCGAUGCUAUUGCCGCGGAGACAACGCAUGCGAACUACGGAUGUCGCAUUGCCGGUAUGAGGGUUUACCAGGGUUCCCAUGAUAAGACCGAACUCAACGAGGAUGAUUAUCGGGUAUAUGACAGGGACUACGGCAGGACACAAGUGAACAACGAUACCUUUGUCGAUGCUGUUCGGAAGUUCGUCUUCAACAACGCAGCGGGCAUCGACGAUGCCCUUGGCAAGGCUGUUUGCGGCGGAUUCGCGCAGGACCUCAAGCGCAUUGAGGAAAUCCUUGAGAAGCAUGAGAGUAGGAUGUAUUCUGCUAGCAUUCUAUUCGUCUACGAGGGCCAUGGCGAGACGCUGGAAGCCGCAAUCGAGAAAAACAAUACCCUAGUGGAACGGAUCGAGACUUUUGAGUUCAAGACAUCCCGGAUUGACAGCGGGAUCGUGAUGACAGAGUAUUCCGAGGAAGAGGAAGAAAUCACCAUCACUUUCCCCAAGGUAUACACCGUGAAGCUCAUCGAUUUUGCCCAUGCCAAGUGGGUACCGGGUGAGGGCCCAGAUGAGAACACCCUUACAGGCGUCCGAAGCCUCCGUCGCAUAUUCGAGGAGUUGGCCGCGUAA